GGAAGUGGGAGGGGCCUGUCAGACAGAGACUAAUGGCCGCUGGUGGACUUCAGCUGUUUUCACCGAGUCUGUGUCCGGAGGAGAUAGAGAUCAAGAAGACAGCUGAUUGACACCGAGGGAGAGCUCGUCAUCAUGAUGAAGACAGUUCGAGUCCUUCAGCUGCUGCUGCUCACCGGCUUCACCUCAGCUCCACCUGCGGCUGCUGAAAGUGGCAACCAUUUGGUGACGGCCCCGCAUCCUCCAGUCGUGGAGAUAGGGACUGACUUCACGGCUACGUGCAUGAUCAUCAACACAGCUGAGGUCACAGCUGACGACCUCUACUGGAAUCUCACUCAGAAGAAGGUUCCCAAAGAGCAGUACACAAAGAUCAACUCAACAGCUCUGAACGUCACCAUUCAUGUCAGCGGGGAGAAAAACGAGUGGUUAUUCUGCUUCUGCAAGAAUGUGUCGGCCAACGUGAUCCUGAAUAAAGGAAAAUUCAUGCACGGGGUCCUCCUUCAGAAAGGCUAUCGUCCGAGGAAGCCAGAGAACAUCUCCUGCAUCGCUCUUCAGGAGAAAACGUACAUCUCUCCAACCAUCACGUGCAGCUGGGACGCAGCAGGACGUCAAACCAAAGACGUCGCUACCGACUUCACACUGAUUUUGAAAGUCAUCAAUUCUGAGACUUUAAACGUGUCGACUGAAGGAAACAGUGCCUCCGUGUCUCUGACCACUUUCCCGAACUUCAUGGAGAUGGAGAUCUGGGUGGAGGCAAAGAAUAAACUGGGAACCAUCCAGUCUGAGCGUCUGAGGAGAGAAUCCGGAUACUUUGUGAAAACAGACCCUCCGGCAAACAUCCAGAUCGUCUCUGAGAAGAGCUUCCCCACCUCUCUUCUCAUAAACUGGAAUCCUCCUAUCAUAAGCCAAUAUGUGGGAUUAACGUAUGAAAUCAGAUUCUGCCAAAACGGAUCUCAUGAUUGGGCGUAUGUGCCUCAGGUGGACACUGCCAGGAACAUCCAGUCCUUCAGACUCCAGAACAUCCGUCCAGACACUGUUUACGUCACUCAGGUGCGCUGCAAAGACCACAGAGAGGGCUACGGCUACUGGAGUGACUGGAGCAGCAACGCUACCAAGAGAACGCCAGAGGACCAACCAAAAGGUAAACCAGAUUUAUGGAGAAUCGUUGCUGAAAGUGAUGUCGGUGAGCGACGAGUGCAGUUUGUCUGUAAGGAUCCAGUGUUUGCCAACGGGAGGAUAAUCAGAUUCGAGAUGAAUGUUCAAGAAAAAAAGGACAAAGUGAAGAACACAAGUUGGGAGAGUUUCCCCGUCAACCGCUCGGAGGCGGACGGCCGCUCCGACCACACGAGCAUCACAACCCUCAGAGACAUCGUACUGGCCGACAAGAGAGCGGUCAAAGUGUACGUCACUGCCGUCAACUCGGUGGGGAGGUCUGCUGCCGCCUCGCUGUUCAUCCCAGAGACCGCACACGAGCUAGCCCCAGUCAGGGAGCUGAGGGGGGGGGUCCAGGGAGGCCAGAUGUGGCUGCAGUGGAAACCCCCGAACACUGCAGCUGUGACGGAGUACGUGGUGCAGUGGGUCAGUGCAGACGGGAUGGACUGGCAGAGAGAGAACAGGAGCACCACUCACACUGUUAUUAAAGGAGACCUGAAGAAGUUUGUCUGCUACACUGUGUCUGUGUAUCCGAUCUCUUCUGGAUGGACGGGGCAGGCAGCGACCGUUCAGGCCUUUCUGGAACAAAGUGCUCCUGAGGAAGGCCCCGCUGUCAGACUGAACGGUCAACCAGGACGUGACGAGGCUGAGCUCGUGUGGACAGAGAUUCCCCAAAGCAGACGAAGAGGCUUCAUCACAAACUACACAAUAUUCUACAAAAGUGGGGGUGAAUUACACUCGGUGACCGUUCCAUCCAACACGACCUCGUUCACCCUGAAGUCGCUGACAGGAAACACCAAGUACGACACGUGGAUCAGAGCCUCGACCGCCGCCGGCUCAGCCGAGGGCUCCCGCCACUCCUUCACCACGCUGAAACACACUCCGGGGGAGAUCGAGCUCAUCGUCGUCGGAGCCAGUCUCAGCUUCCUGUUUGUUGUCGUCAUGACGAUGGUGAUCUGUAUUUCCAAGAAAGAAACCAUCAAGAAGAACUUCUGGCCUCAGAUUCCAAACCCUGGAGAGAGCACGAUUGGAUACUGGUCUCCUGAUUAUCCCUUAAAAGCAGAGACGCCAAAGGAGAACUGUCUGUCCGGCAUCAGUGUCCUGGACGUGGACACGUGUGAUGGAAAGAUGGUGUUUGAUGAAGACAAGACCAGUCUUCCUCUGAAGAAGGACAAGUAUCUGUCCGAGGAGCACAGCAGCGGCAUCGGCGGCUCCUCCUGUAUGUCUUCACCUCGCCAGAGCGUGUCGGACAGCGACGAGGGCGGAGACCCGGUGGACACCACGGCCAGCACCGUGCAGUACUCCUCCGUGGUGGCCUCCAACGGUUACAAGGGUCAGACUCCGAGCUCGCAGGCGGCCAUUUUCUCCCGCUCCGAGUCCACGCAGCCCCUGCUGGACUGCGAGGAGAACCCGGACAUGAUGUUGCAGGAGGGCAGCAGACACCAGCGCUUCCUGCGCCGACCUGCGGACAACGACCCCGCCCACUUCAACCAGCUGCUGGAGAUGGAGCAGCAGGAGGUGCUAGAGCCUCUGGACUUCUGCCCCCUGGAGGAGGACUCUGAGCUGACGCGUACAGAUGAGCAGUCAGCUGAUUGGCUGCCGACAGCGCCUGCCUCCAGCUACAUGCCUCAGCUGGGAGGCUACAGGCAGCAGUGAGAACACAUGUCCACCCGCGGUGCCUUGAGGAGCAGCGAAGAAGAGACUGAACCCGUUUGUCUUUUGCACAUAUGUACUCUGUAAAAUACACAGCCGCAGUUAGCUUAGCAUUCGCAUGGAACAAUUACUAGCCAUAUGUUUGUAGUCCACACCUGUAUGUGGACGCUUUGUGCUACAUGGUAAAUGUCACGCUACAUUUCAAAACGUCUGAACCACAGAGUUGGGAGAGACCGCCCCCUGUGGAGGGGUGUGACCUCUGCAGCCAUGUUACCUGCUCACUGUAUAUACACUGCUCAUGAAUGUAAUCAAGUGACACUGACACGAGAGGCCAGUGCAUGUUAAAAUAACUUUCAAAAAUAAAAUAUAAAAAACAUG